GACGCCCAGGAGCUGCAGCUGUCUCUGGGGUCCCGGAGGCGGCCCGGUAAGGAGGGGGAGCUGCAGCUGGACGGUGGCAGCUGGAGAAGCAGCCGCACAGCUGUCCCGUGUGCGGGCGACGGGCCAGGAUGACCCGCUGACCACGGCCAUGCGGCUUUGACGGGUGACCAGCGUUUGACCGUCGACUCCCUAGUCCAGCGGGAAGUGAAGCCAUUUACCAUGGAACCCGUGACCAGGUGGACCCCCAAACAAGUGGUGGACUGGACUCGAGGCUUAGAUGACUGCCUGCAGCCAUAUGUCCACAAGUUUGAGCGAGAGAAGAUAGAUGGGGAACAGCUGCUGCGGAUUUCCCACCAGGAUCUGGAGGAGCUGGGAGUCACACGAAUCGGACACCAGGAGCUGGUGUUGGAGGCUGUCGACCUUCUUUGUGCACUGAAUUAUGGCCUUGAAACCGAUAACAUGAAGAAUUUGGUUUUGAAACUGCGGGCAUCUUCCAACAAUUUACAGAAUCACAUAAGUAGCCGGCGGAAAAGUCCAGCUUAUGAUGGGAACACGUCCCACAAGCCCCCCAAUGAGCUCCUGACUUCAGUGGUGGAGCUCAUAGGUGCUGCCAAGGCUUUGCUGGCUUGGCUGGACCGGGCUCCAUUUACAGGGAUCACUGAUUUCUCUGUAACGAAGAAUAAAAUCAUUCAGCUUUGCUUAGACCUGACCACUACAGUCCAGAAGGAUUGCCUUGUAGCAGAAAUGGAGGAUAAAGUUUUGUCUGUAGUCAAGGUUUUAAAUAGCAUCUGUGACAAAACAAUUCGAUCUGCUACAGACCCUGUUAUGAGCCAGUGUGCGUGCCUGGAGGAGGUUCACUUACCUAAUGUUAAACCUGGCGAAGGCUUGGGCAUGUACAUCAAAUCAACAUAUGAUGGAUUGCACGUGAUUACAGGAACCACAGAAAAUUCUCCUGCAGACAGAUCUCAGAAGAUUCAUGCUGGUGAUGAAGUCAUUCAAGUUAACCGGCAAACUGUGGUGGGAUGGCAGCUAAAAAACCUGGUGAAGAAAUUGAGAGAGAAUCCCACUGGAGUUGUGUUACUGCUUAAGAAGAGGCCUACGGGUUCAUUCCACUUCACUCCAGCUCCUCUGAAAAACCUGCGGUGGAAGCCACCUCUUGUGCAGACCUCACCCCCACCCAUGACAGCCCAGUCCCCUGAAAGCACCAUGGAUGCCUCGCUGAAGAAGGAGAAGCCAGCCAUCCUGGAUCUAUACAUUCCUCCUCCUCCCGCGGUUCCCUACUCGCCCCGGGAUGAGAAAGGGAGUUUUGUUUAUGGAGGAUUCAGUAAGUAUAAACAACCACUGCCUCGGCCUAAGGGCUCAGAGUCCCCAAAUUCCUUCUUGGAUCAGGAGAGCCGAAGACGAAGAUUUACCAUUGCCGAUUCUGAUCAGUUGCCUGGAUAUUCAGUGGAAACCAACAUUCUACCCACAAAAAUGAGAGAGAAAACACCAUCUCAUGGCAAGCCCCGGCCUUUGUCCAUGCCUGCGGAUGGGAACUGGAUGGGGAUUGUAGACCCUUUUGCCAGACCUCGAGGUCAUGGGAAGAAAGGGGAGGACGCCCUUUGCCGGUACUUCAGUAACGAGCGGAUCCCACCGAUCAUCGAAGAGAGCGCCUCUGCUGGAUACAGGUUCUCCAGACCCGCAACAGAGCGACAGCUGGUGCGCGGUGCAGACUACAUCCGUGGGAGCAGGUGCUACAUCAACGCAGAUCUGCACAGUAGUGCCACCAUCCCGUUCCCGGAGGAGGGAACCAAGAAGAAGGCGGCCUCCGCGGAGCCGUCCCUGCUGGUCAGCUGGCUCACGCGCCUGAAGCUGUUGACUCACUGAGACCGCCUAGGGGGCCUGCGGGGGCCUGCUCCUAAGUGCCUUGUUCCGGGGGACCCGAGUGACCUUGCAUCAUUUCCUUUGUAUUUUGUAGAAAGUUGUAUACUGCCCUUCUUGGACAUUGGAAAUGAUCAAUGGCAGCAGAUCCAGGGCAUCCUAGGGGCUGCUCAUGGAGGCGGGAGGAAGGCGUGGAGGCACAUCUACAAAUUGGGGGUUGGCCGGGCGCAUUGUGGUCAUUGUUGGGAGCCAGCAACAUCUGCUGUUGUGCUUUCUCUGGUGAGGGGACUCAGACUGGUGGCUUUUCUCGUAUAGAUGUGUUGGCUUGUGGUCCGCCUUCUUUAACCGAAAAAGCCAGUUGGAGAAGAGAUUUUUGUCUAGAUUUUUAAAGCGUUUGUACCAUUAUUUGUAAAUACAGUGGCUUCGACUUUGAAAGCACAUGUGGCAAGUGUGUGAUGCUCUUCAGAGCAGAGGUUUACAUAGAUCUGUUACAUUUGGUUAAUGCCCUUACUCAUAGCAAGCUCAGCCUAGGUCAGUUAAUACAGCACACGCACACGUGUGGAUGGGCUUGUUACAAAAAGCGCGUGGUUAUUCGUGAGAAUUGUCGUGUCCCUAUAUAUUAUUGUCUUUAAGGGAAAAGAAGCUAUAAGAUUUGCUGAAAGCCAAAGUAUCAUGCAGAAAAGCUAAAGCAACAGGGUUUAGGUUUGUGAGAGCUGUAUCAGUUUGCAUUUUUGAACUGUUUGAUGUCUGUCUCUCGGGAAGAGCCCACAAUUCUUCAAAAGUGGACACAUUUUGCUAAUUCGAAAUACGUUACAAAGCCUUGUGGUCACUAACUUUUCAACUAGCUUCAGGUAUUUUGAAAAAGUGCAUCUGAAUAUUAACCCUUGUUUAAACUGAAUGUAUGAUAUUUUGUUAGAACGGAAAAGUACUAUCUUGUUAAUUUAAGUGUUUUAAAUAUAGUUGUAUAUUUUUCUUACUCUCAGUCACAUGUAAUUGAAAUAUUUCUGUUUUGCGUCGUCAUUCACAAAGCAAAUGAAAGAGUGUUGAAGGUGUUUUUAGAUUUACACAUGACCAUCUGGUUGUUGCCAGUUUGGGCACUAAUAUUAAAAAACACAAUAAGCUUCUCAGGCAUUUUGGGAUUUCUAUGAAUGAAUAGUGGAGGAGCCGAAGGAAUAUAUGUAAAGUAAAAUUAUAAUAGGGGAAUUCUCCAAGGUAUAUUCCUUGGCGUAGCUGGUAUCCCCCCACCUCAAAUUCACUCUCUCACACUGUAGAAUUGUUCACUUUGCUGAUCUGCCUGAAAGUUAGCCCAUGAGAAAUUCACACCGGUCAGCAAAACUCUUUCCUCUAAAAUACCCCUCCCGUAGUGAGGUUAAGGGAGCCAGCAGUCUCUUAUGUAAGUGUGACUGCAGUCGUAGGGGCCGUUUUCCUGUCAGCCUCAGAAGGAGCUGCAGGAAGAUAGUGUAUUGCAUGGAGGACCCACGUGUACUGUGCAGACUGGAUAAGAAGAUCUUGGAAGGCAAGAUUGAUUGGGUGCCUCAUAUGUGACAGGGCAGAGGAAUCUCACAGGUCACUGGUAGCAGGGAAGAAGCUACUUAAAUGGAGGGCCAGGCUUGCCACCGUUACCAUGCACCGAACUGGAUCCGUGCCCGGAAGUGGCUUUGCUUCCUUUUACUCCUAGAGGUAGGGGAGUGCUCUUGUGUUGAAGGUCCACUACUUAAUGAUUUAAAAACCUUUGGAGAUCUUAUCUGACAUGGUGGUCCCUUGUCUGUGGGGGAAGAUACCGCUUGUAAAUGGAAGCUUAACUUUCAGCACUCACUCUUAACUCCACAGCAUCAGAUCCUUCUUCUCAGACCUCACCUGAAGCCCAUGGGAAGGUCAGAGAAGUUCUGACUUCACCUACCUGGAGUCAGUCUUCAUAGCUUUGUUUUUAUUUGUACUUUUAUGUGAGAUUCUCUUCUGGAUUGUGUUUGAGAAAUAUAUUGCUGCUAAAACGUUUUUGUACACCUCUGUUUUUGAAAUAUAUAAAUGUUAGCUAAUAUGAAUUUCUUAGAAAUGAAUGGAAAUUUCUUUCCUCCAUAUUAAUCCAGGUUAAUGGUAGACACAUGUAAACAUGUGAAGAUGCAGGAUGAAAUAAUAAUUUAAAACUGGUCUUUUAGCCUUACCAACCCUAUUCAAGUCUCACCUUUUUUAUAAUAAAUAUUUUAUAGCAUCUCUUUAUAAUCAUCAAAUGAAAAUCAGACAUAUACACACCUCUUACUAAUCUGAAAUGAAGGUAACAGGUAAUAUGACCUGCUUCUAAGCAGGCGCACCAUUGUCAUGUUGUAACUGAACUGUAAGAAUUUCACAGUGGUAUUUUCAUAUGUAAAUGUUCUGGCAUGAUUAUAGGUUAUGAAAUAAUGAAACAAGUGUGUAUAUGUGAGGUGUGAUUAAAAAGUGGCGUUUUUAAAUUUUAAA